UUAUAAUACGACUAGGUAUACUGAUAUACUGUGCUUAAGUGCUUUCUGUUACCGACAAAAACGACCGAUCCAACUCAACUACAACGAUUAGAUAAUAUAUUGGACUGACUCGAUAUUCGAUAGCACCAAAACCAUGGCGAUAGUAUUAAAUAUUAAUGGGUAUUGGAGCACAUACGACAUCCGAUAGAUAUGCAACACAAAUUAUGGCAGGUACGUGUUGAAUUAUCUAUUUAAUAAUAUAUAUCAUUACGCGAGCGUUUGCCAAAGCGCACAUAACGAUGUAACGUACUUGUUCCAAAUUAAUCGAUUUGUCCAAUUGUCCAAACACAGAUCCCGAUUAUUUAUACACAUUUAUGUACAAUUUUUUAUUUUUAAUUUUCAUACAAUGUCAAUUCUCUCGAUGCGCAGGAUUUUUUUUGUUAAGACAGUCAAAAUAUGUUGGUAACGCUGAGGUUCCUAUAUUGCAGAUGUUUGAACUUUGAAUAUUGAUAGUACGCUGUAAAUAAUAAAUAUUAAAUUAUUUAAUAAGUAAAUAAUAAACAUUAAAAUUGAAAUUGUAAAAUGUAAGUUGUAAGUCGUUAUUCUAUGCUAUAAUAAGUAUUAACUUAUUCUUAUUUUACAAUUUAAAUUUUAAGCUUAUGUGUACGACCUUUAAAUUUUGAUUCAUAGUAUGGUUAACAAUUUUUGGUUGAUUUAAAUGACUUAGAGACACGUCAUCUUUCGUACUACUGUUAUUGAAAAUUGCAAUGCAUCUGUGGUAUUAAUGCGCACUUAUGCCAAGAUCAUUACAGCUAUAACGAUAUUUACAAUAUUAGUGAUUCUGUACACCAACCCAAAGUCUGCGGUUAAUAUAAAAUCGAAAAUAUUGUCUUCGAGCCAUGUGGCGGCUGUACCAGCGAAUAAUAAGACCGAGUCUAAGGUUAGUAUAUGGAUAUCGGUGACAAAAAUUGCUCGCGGUCACUUAUUAACAAAGUUUCGCAAGUUCUUUAAAUCUCUUAUUAGCCAGCGUGGCAAGUGCCGUGCUGUUUUUGAACUAAAUGUUAUAACAGACAAUGCCAGCCGUCCAACAGUUGACGGUGUAAUAUAUGAAUUUAGCAAACAAUACAAAGAAACAUUACUUACCCUAGUUCAUUAUGAUUUUCAAGACGUGCUGAAAAUAGUUGAGAGUAAUAUCGAACCAUUGAAACGAUUUUUCCAAUCAUCAAAAGGAUCUUACUACAGUGAUGAUGUUUUUUAUCUAUCACCAGCACUUCAUCUAGUUGCUCCUAAUUUAUUGGAUAAAGCUAUUGUAGUCGAUGUUGAUACAGCAUUUCAAUCCAGCAUUUGUGACCUUUAUAACAUAUUCGACAAUUUUACCAACACACAACUCUUUGGUUUGGCCCCAGAACUUUCCCCCGUCUACCAUCAUAUACUGUGGAAAUGGAGGAACUAUAAAGGUGAUAAGUACAAAACUCAGCCACAUACUAACUUAAAUGGCUUGAAUAGUGGUGUUAUACUGUCAUAUUUGGAGCGAAUAAGAAAAAGUGCCGAGUACAAUAGACUUAUCAGUCCUGAAUGGAUUUCUGGUGUUGUUCAAAAGUAUUUAUUCAAAGGACAUUUGGGUGAUCAAGACUGGUACACUCUGGUAAGUUAUGAACACCCAGAAUUAAUAUACCGUUUGUCAUGUGGAUGGAAUCGCCAACUAUGCAUGUGGUGGAAAGUACAUGGUUAUGCGGAUACGUUUGACUCAUUUGCAAAGUGUACUGAGAAAGUGCAUUUAUAUCAUGGUAACUGUGAUACGCCUAUUCCACCAAAAUAAAAUUUCCCCUGAACAAAAAAAGCCUUAAAAUACUCAAUAUUUUCAAUAAAGUUUACAAAUUACUAAUUUCGAUUGUUAUAACUUAAAAAAUUUUGAAUUUAUGUUUUACUUGAAUAGUUUUUACAUAAUGUUAUUGCCUUAUUGGUUUAAGUUUUAAAUAUAAAUUUAUAUAUUAUAUUGGA